GAUACCGUGACAUUUUUUUUCUUCUGCUGGAAGUUUGCAAUAGUUCAGAAUGGGCCCACGCACGGCAGUGACGCUCAACAUCUACGACCUCGUGGAGGCCAACGAGUUCAUGGCGCCGCUGGGCUUCGGCAUCUUCCACAGUGGCGUCGAGAUCGCAGGAGAGGAAUUUUCCUACGCGAGCGGCGCCGGCGUCUUCUCCUCGAGCCCCAGACAGGCUCCCGGCGCCAAAUUUCGGGAGUCGAUCGACAUGGGCUUCUUUGAGGGAACGUCCCAGGAGGCCCAUCGCCUGGCCUAUUCGUUGAGUCCAGACUUUGAGGGAGAUGCCUACAACCUGUUCACAAGGAACUGUAACACAUACGCAGAUGCCUUGUGCCAACUGCUGCUGAACAAGCCCAUCCCUGGUUAUGUGAACCGCGCAGCCUACCUCGGAUCGUUCCUGAGCUGCCUCAUGCCGGCAGACUUAACAGACCAAGCGCCGGUGGGAGAUCCCAGCACGCCCUCGCGGAUCACAAAUGGAACCCCACGACGCUCUGAUUUUAUCUACACUCCAUUCGCAGGCUCUGGUCAAACUGUUGGCAGCACUGUGGACGCUUCAUCGUCUUCGGAGUCAUCGACGCUGGCUGAUCGACGCGAGAAAGUUCGCUUGGCAGCGUUACGCCGAAUGGGUGAGCAGGGGCAGUAGCCUCUUGCUCUCGUUAACACUCUCGACCAAGUAGUACUGGUUAUUGCUAAAUAUGAAAAACCUUCUUUGAGCAGGCGA